AUGGGAGAAGCAGACACCCAGGCCUGGGACACUUCGGUCCGCGAGUGGCUGGUUGACACCGGCAGGGUCUUCGCCGGCGGCGUUGCUAGCAUAGCCGACGGCUGCCGGCUCUUCGGAGCAGCAGUGGAGGGCGAGGGCAACGCCUGGGAAGAACUCGUCAAGACCAACUACCAAAUUGAAGUCCCCCAGGAAGACGGAACCUCCAUUUCAGUGGAUUGCGACGAGGCGGAGACUCUGCGGCAGGCGGUGGUGGACGGCCGCGCGCCCAACGGCGUCUACAUCGGCGGCACCAAGUACAAGCUCGCCGAAGUCAAAAGGGACUUCACCUUCAACGACCAAAACUAUGAUGUGGCGAUUCUGGGAAAAAACAAAGGCGGAGGGUUUUUGAUUAAAACUCCAAACGAAAAUGUUGUUAUAGCUUUGUAUGAUGAAGAAAAAGAACAAAACAAAGCUGAUGCUCUCACAACAGCUCUUAACUUCGCGGAGUAUCUGUACCAGGGAGGCUUCUAA